AUGGCCGCCUCGACGGCCUCGCACCGGCCCAUCAAGGGGAUCCUGAAGAACAAGAGCUCCACGACGUCCACGGUGGUGGGCGCGGCCGAGCAGCCCGACGACCCCCGGAGCGUCCCGGAAGAGCUGAGCAACACCCCCCGGGAGGCGAGGACCCUGCUGGCGCCCUACCACGCCGCCGCCGCCGCCGCGGACAAGGACUACGGUUUGGUGGACAUCGCCCCGCCCUGCAGCCCCCACAACCGUCGGGCCGGCCGCGACGAGGACGCGGCCAGCGACUCGGAGACCAGCGACGCGGGCACCCCGGCGCUCCUGGCCAAGAAACUGGCCGCGGCCAAGGGCUCCGAGAUCAAGUUUCGAGUCCACGACCUGGAGAGCAGCGGCGACGAGGAUAACGACCUGUCCCCCGAGGAGCGUGAGAAAAAGCGGCAGUUCGAGAUUAAGAGGAAGCUGCACUACAACGAAGGCCUGAAUAUCAAGUUAGCCCGAGAACUCAUUUCCAAAGAUCUGAACGAGGAGGAGUGGGAGGAAGAGGAUGAGGAGGGGGAGGAGGAGGAGACAUCCCGAGGAAAGGUGUGCCCCGAAGAAGAAUCGAGUCAAGGAUAUACCAGCGACCAGCUGAAACCCAAAGCGCAAAGUUCCUAG